AUGGGGCCGCUGCGCUGCAAGGUGGUCCUGCUCGGAGACGGCAAGGUCGGGAAGACGUGCCUACAGUACAGUUUUGCGCAUGGCCUCGACUACUUGGCGCGGCAUCAGGGCUAUCACAAGACCGCCAUCGAGAACUACGAGUUGCUGCUUCCCAUCAAUGACGGCGAGGGCGGGGCAGGCGGGCCGCAAGCCGUGAGUUUGGCCCUCUGGGAUACCGCGGGGCAGGAAGAGUGCGAGGAGCUCCGGCGCAUGUGCCACCUCGGCGGCGUGAUGCCUGCUGAUGAAGCUGAGGACAGCGAGGCAUGCGCAAGCGCCGGCGGGCCAACGGCUUUGCCGUCGCCGCUGCAGUGUGAUGUUUCGGUAUUUAUUUUGUGCUUUGCGUGGGAUGAUCCGCACAGCCUCACAAGUCUGCAGAUGCGUUGGUACCGCGAGAUUCGUCGGGUGGAGCAGGCGGUGGGACCUCUGCGAAAUGGCAGCCACGGCAGACCAUUCACUGUCGUGCUGUGUGGCACAAAGUUUGACUUGAGGACCAAGGCGGACAGGCGCGGCAUCACAGCGGGACUGGUGACGCGGGAGCAGGCGUACACUGUGCAGCAGAGCAUUGGGGCCGACGCGUUGGUGGUCUGCAGCUCCAAGACAGGCUUUGGAGUUCGAGACGUGUUCCACACCGCCGUGCUGCUGUGGCUUCAGAAGCAGCCGGCGUACACGCAAAGGUUGGCACCCGCAACCCCCCGAGAGGCUUUGACGCUGGGCGGCGGCGAUGAACUUCCCCGCUCACCCAGCAACCACCGCAUCGCAAAACGGAGUUGUCAGCUCUUCUGA